AUGGCGCCCGUACAGAUCACAGAAGAUUAUUACGCCGUCCUUGAGAUUGAGCAAACGGCUACUCAAGAUCUAAUAAUUCGAUCCUAUAGAAGGCUUGCGCUUAAACUGCAUCCUGAUCGAAAUGAUAAAGCUGAUGCCACGGAGGCGUUUCAAUUGCUUGCAAAAGCCUACGAGACGUUGAAAGAUGAGAGCAAACGCCGCAUCUACGACAUCAAGUACCCCUCCAUCAAAAAGAGUGGAACAAUGCCCCAGAGCAGUUCAACGCCUCAAUACAAACCGGAACCUCAAGCAUCCGCUUCUGCGUCGUCCAAACUCACUGAUGCGGCGCAAAUUGCUGCACUGCAAAAGGCGAAGCAGGAACGUGCGGCGCGAUGGUCGACCAAGAAGAAUGCAUUUGAGUCUGUGAUCUCGCGGUUGCAGAAGGAUAUUCAGAGUUUAAAGCAGUCAAUUGAGCUUUUGAAGAAAAAUGACGCUGUCGAAGACAUGGAAGAGGCAUGGAGAAAUGGUUGGGGCGCGUGGCUGUUAUCUCCACUCGUCAAGAGGGCAGUGGUUAGUGAGGAUGAAAAAGAGCGGAAGGACAGGAGCAGACAGGAACGGAAGAUUGAGAUGGAUCUGAAGGAGCGACGGAUUGGAGUGAAGAGUGUCGAACUGGAUAAGGAGAAAGAUUUGCUGCAAACGGCGCAAAGAGAAGUGGAACUUGCCGAUCAGGUUGAUGAUGGGAAAUUAAGAAUGAUUGAAGAUAGAAUCAAGGCUAAAGAACGGAGGCAAGCAGAUGAAAGAGCGAGGGUAUACAGAGAAAGAAUGGCAGAGGCUCGGAAAAAAGAGCAAGAAGAGCGAGACAGGGAAGCAGCAGAAGAAUUGAGAAAACGUGAAGAGGAGUGGAAGAUAUAUCAUGAAGAGAUGAUGAAAUGCAAAGCAGAACGACAAGCUGCAUUAGAGAAGUCGAGAAAAGAAGAAGCGGAGCAGCGAGCAGCAGCACAGAAACUCCGGGAGGAGCGAGACAGACAAUGGAAAAUUGACAUCGAUGACAGAAACAAAUGGAACAACCACUACAACCACUACAACCUCUCUGACCACGAUGAUGACUUCUUUGCAGCGAGGGAAACUCUGCACAAACCUCUUGACUGUCGACAUGGCGGCUGGUGGCCGAAGAUUGAAGGCCGAGAUGACUGUCCGCAGUGUUAUGAAAGCUGGACGCCGAUAUACGACCGAGAAGGGGACGGCAUCUGUGAGCAAGAGCGAGAAGCCCCAGUCCAAAGCCGUUUGGGCGCCGGGGAAAGAGCCGAAACCCAGAGCGAUAUACAGAUUAUGACUCUUAUUAAUGCGGAUUUUUAA